ACCCUCGCUCGCCGGUGCAGAUGGGAGCGCUCAGCACCGGCGCUCCGGCGGUACAUCGCUUCGCAGCUCCCACAGCAAGCACUUGAUUCGGCACCCCUCGUCUGUACGGACGGCGACGGCGCAGGGCCCCAUGGAGAGCGCGCUGAUGAGCGACCCGAUGUCCAAGAUCACCGACGACAUCCUCGUGGAUAUCAUCUCGCGGGUGCCUUACAAGUCCACCUGCUGCUGCAAGUGCGUCUCCACGCGCUGGCGCGACCUCUUCUCCCACCCCGACCACCGCAAGAAGCUGCCCCAGCCCCUCGCCGGCUUCUUCUAUGAAAGCUACAACAGGGACCGCUUCCCCAAGAUAGCUCGCUAUUUCACCAAUGCUUCAGGGGAAGGUGACCCUCUCGUCGACCCCUCACUAUCCUUCCUGCCUAGAUACAGUAGCCUUGACAUCUUGGACUGCUGCAAUGGCCUCCUCCUCUGCCGCUGUUGGAAGUUUACUGACCCCAAGAUGUUGGAUUAUGUGGUGUGCAAUCCCGCCACCGAGAAAUGGGUGGUUGUGCCAGCCACCGAUUGGUCCAGCAAUGUGGACGUGGCUCGCCUUGGGUUCGAACCCGCCGUCUCCUCACACUUUCAUGUGUUCGAGUUCAUUGAUGAGGAGACAUGGGGUAUAGAUGAGUCCGAGCAAAGCGAUUGGGGUGGACGUAUCGCAGCAGUGGCGACCUACUCGUCCAAAACUCGAGUUUGGACGCAUCAAAUUCAAACGGUUGAGAUCAAUCAUUUUGCAAUACCCACAAAUUCGAAAGGCGUUUUUUUCAAUUGUGUCAUGCAUUUGGCUGCAUUUGAUCGAAUGGUAGUAACAUUUGACGUUGAAGGAAAUCUUUUGUAUAUCAUUGGUGCUCCUCAUUCGCCACCAUACUAUGAUGAUUCUCCUGUUAAUGAUGUCUUCGUAUCACAAGGACAAUUGCAUUUUGCAAGUAAUACUCGUUCUGAAUCUGAUCUGUCCAACCUAUCAGUCUGGGUUCUUGAGGACUAUAGUCUUGGAAAAUGGACCUUGAAGCACACUGUCAGCCACUUGCAACUGUUUGGAACAGAUUAUUCAGCGCUUGAUUACAAUGUUAUCUCAUUCCACCCAGAAUGCAAUAUGAUUUUCAUAGUUUAUGGCCAGGAAAACACACUUGUGUCCUAUGAGAUAGAUUGCAUGAAGCGUCGUUUCCUACGUCAACUUGGACGAGAUUGUCAACUUGAACAUCUUUGUGUUGACGCGAAGACUCCUUUUAUUCCAUAUGUUCCUUUGUACAUGGAGUCAUCAGCAGAUGGGCCCUAAAAAGUCCUAUUUGCGUAGCGCAACUUUGCAAUUGUCUACCUUUACGAUGAAACCUUUAUGAACUUGUAACAGUUGCUCAUGGUGCUUGAGUGCAGUAAUGUACCUGACUCUAUGGAGCUAGCUAUUGGCUGUGGCACUUAAUUAGUAACUGAACUUAUGUUUGUGUCCUUGUAUAAGUAGCCUAUGCAGUUUCAUCAGCCCAGUACUUGACCAUGGAUAUAUGAUCACUUUGUUGUAAUUUAUUGUGAUAUGUUGAGUCUGGUUUCUGCUUA